UUGCUUUGGCCUGUGUAACACAAGCGGAAAUCGCCUCCCCACCCAAACCUCUUAGUGACAACGCAGCAGUGGAAGGGCAGCGUCACUGGCCCUGCCUCCGCCGAUCAGCUGCCCGGAUCUCUCUCCGGCGCUUCCCGGUGCAUGCUUUACCGCCUGCUGAGCUGUGCAACCCGGACAGCGACGGCCUCGGCUUUUUACCGACUGAUGAUGCGGCCGCAGGUUUAUUUCGUUCUCGGGGGCCCCGGAGCCGGGAAAGGCACCCAGUGCGCCAAAAUCGUGGAGAAAUAUGGCUACACCCACCUGUCAGCUGGAGACCUGCUGAGAGCGGAGCGGGGGAGGCCAGGCUCGGAGUUCGGAGAGCUCAUUGAGAACUACAUCCGGGAUGGGAAGAUCGUGCCAGUGGAGAUCACAAUCAGGCUGCUGCAGAGGGCCAUGGAGGAGACGAUGAAGUCGAACGAGGAGAACAACAAGUUCCUGAUUGACGGCUUCCCCAGGAACGAGGACAACCUGCAGGGCUGGAACAGGACCAUGGACGGCAAGGCGGACGUGAAAUUCGUGCUCUUCUUCGACUGCUGCAACGAGGUGUGCAUCGACAGGUGCUUGGAGAGGGGGAAGAGCAGUGGCCGAAGUGAUGACAACAGAGAAAGUCUGUUAAAAAGGGUUCAGACGUAUGUUCAGUCCACCAAACCCAUUAUAGAGCUGUAUGAAAAGCAGGGCAAGGUCCGCACCAUCGACGCCUCCAAGACUGUGGAUAAAGUCUUUGCUGAUGUACAGAAAAUCUUUGACAAGGAAGGAUAAAGCCUGAAGGAGAGAACCAGCCUUUGAAAAAUAUAAACCAGACUUGAAUCUUCUCUGCAGAUAGCUGUUGGAACAUUCUCUUUUUCUUUCUCUGUUUUUAUAUAUAAAUAUUUUAUUUUUACUUGGUGGGAUUAAUCUGUUUUUGAUGUUUCAUAGAAGUAACAGAUCUGUGCAAAACUGCAUACAAAAAAUAAUAAGUGUAGCUUUGGGACAGAGCAACAACUGUGCACGGGGUGAGGAAAGCCUUUCUAUUGUCUGGGCUCACCCAGGGGCAGGCUGGUCUGGAAACGCGUUCUAUGCUGCAGACCGCUCCAAUUUUAAUUGCACUGCCUGUUGUUGGGGUUAAGGACUCCCUUAGCAGUGGCCUGACCAAAGGACCAAAUCAGCUACCUUCCAAAGUCACUUAGCCUUUUUUAAUGAAGUGAUAGAAUUGUUGGCGUGCACCUUCUGACGAUUCUGGGGUUUGCACAAAUUUUCAUUUCCUCUGGCUUCUUCUUGUAAUAGUUAGUCUGACAAAAGCAUGCUACUGCUGUGCACAGAACUGGCAGAUGAUUACAUGAGGAGAGUGUCUUGAUUAGGGCUCUCUAUUACCUUGUGGUGGACAGUGUGUUCGCUGCCUUCAAGCCAGACUCCAGGUUAUAGUCCAUGCACAAGCUUUCACUUUCUCUCAUUAAUAUUAUUAUUACUGUAUUUAUAGACAUGUUUAUUUCACUUUGCAGUUGAAUCUUAUUUGGUUUCUGUACUAGCUUUAAGCAGACCUCGGAGAAGGAGGGCAAGAAUGAAUUGGGAGUCCUAUGGUAUGUGUUUCUCUUGAUGUAUCCUCAUUUCCAAGAGAGCCUUGCCCAGGCAGCAAGAUGCAUCCGUACCAGACCUCCGCCCUGGCUGCAUGUCCUUUUAGAAUCAAGAAUGCAAAAUGAGUAUUAUAGGUGAGGUGGUGUGUAUUGAGGGAAAUUCAUUUUGGGAAUUCUGAAAUUGUCAUGUAAAUUGUUUGGGAACUCCCAUAGGAACGGUAUUGGGUUAGGAAUACAAUGGAUGCACUGUAGUGCCAUGGUAAACCAGUUAAAGGGACCAGUUUGUUUUUAAUAUGUUUUAGCCAAGUAAGUCUCAUUUUAAAACUAAUAAAGCCCUCUUGACUCUU